AUGGCGGCGCUUCCGGUCCGGCGGGCGGAAGGAGCGGCGCCAGGCCGGCCCGCUGGCACAGCGCCCCCUCGCUCCCGGAGGCCGCGCCCGCACGCCCGCGCGCCCGCACGCCCGCACGCCCUGCACCGCCGCCCGCGCCCCGCAGGCCCCGCACUGCGGGCCUCUCCGCACGGCCUGACCACGCCCACGCACUGCCGCAGGCUCGGCCCCGCCCGCAGCCCGUCCACCCACGCAGAUCCCGCCCAGCGGGCCUCACCCGCAGGGCUGGCCCCACACGGUCCCGCCACGCCCUGCACCAGCCACGCCCACUCCGCACUGGCCACGCCCACCCCGCGGCAGUCACGCCCACCCCGCACUAGCCACGCCCGUCCCCGCAGCACAGUCACGCCCACCCGCACUAGCUACGCCCACCCCGCACUAGCCACGCCCAUCCACCAAGCAGUCACGCCCACCCGCACUAGCUACGCCCAUCUCCGCAGCAGUCACGCCCACCCCGCACUAGCUACGUCCCGCCCAGCUGGCUUCAUCUGCAAGGCUCGUCCCACACGGUCCCGCCCACGCCCCGCACCAGCCACGCACAUCCACGCAGCAGUCACGCCCACCCACCAGCCACGCCCAGCGGCACUAGCCACGCCCACCCCGCAGCAGUCACGCCCACCCGACCAGCCACGCCCAUCCCCGCGCGGGAGCUUCGCCCACAGCGCACACCCAGUCCACACCCUCGCAGGCCCCACCCCGCACCCCGCAGACCCCCGAACACCCCUGGUUGCCUAUGCCCAGGGGCUGCCCCAACGCAUGGCCAUGCUCUUCCAGCUGCUGAAGGAGGGGAUAUGGGGACGUGGGGCGGAGAGAGCUUGUCGAGGGUUCGAGGCUGACCGUCCCCCGUAG